AAAUGUUAAUCAAUUUGUUUGUGAAUUGUGUGUCAAGCUAAAAUAAUUAAUUGAUUUUCUAACAUUAAACAAUGUGAAAAUGCCACAAAUAAGAGUAGUUGCGCUUUAACAAUCAAUCUACGCAAUAACUCAUUGACUACGCCACAACUCAGUCGUUGAUAAAUGAAUUUCUUUACAGAUUUGCUAAAUAUCGAUUUGGACAUAAAUUACUAGAUUUAACGAAAACAAACAAAUAUAAACAAAAAAUUUUAACGUGUAUUGUAGCCAGUCUGGAGAAACUUGUCCAAUAAAUUAUGACGUAAUCUAUUAUUAUUGUAUUUCGCCGGUUUGAAUGAUCCAUCCGUUGGUGGCUUAUGCUCUUGUUCAUUAGCAUAAGCUCUAAGUGAUGUCAAAACAAAAGGAAAGACACACGUACACAUACAUAUGAACGCAUGUAUUCUUAAAAAAGGCAAAGAUUCAAGCGGAAUUUUCUACGAAUAUUUUUAUGUGUGCGUAUAAAAAAGUUGAGAACGCAAAAUUUACCCGUCUGAUGCUUUUUAGAGUCGCUAAAUGAAACGAACUAGUUUAGUUUGAUUGCAAAACUUAAGGAGAACACAACAUUCAAGCGCAGUGUUUCACAGUGAAGUGCUCAAAGGUACCAAAAGAAAAACAAGUAAUAUUGAUCAGAAGUUUUUGGUGAUUUACUAUAUAUUUUGACAAAAGGAUUUUUAAAUUGUGAUUGCAUUGUGGUAAAAAUGAAGAUGCAAAUGAUCUACAGUAUUGCUUUAAUUUUAUUCGCGCAAACCCUGCAUGCGAUGGUCAUUGAAAGCCGGGAAAAUGGCGAACAGUUAUUGCAUUUCGGCUUCCAAACAGAGAAUGGCCAAUCGCGGAGCGAAGACAUUAAAUACAAUAACACCCAAAAUGUGAUAAGUGAUAAUCGCGAGGAAACGAGCGAUAAAGCUGCUACGCCCGUGAAAUCUGUGGAAUAUCGUGGUGGUUACAGUUUCAUCUCUGCUGAUGGCUACGAGUACACCGUGCUCUACAAAGCGAAUAAGAACGGUUUCCAACCCUAUGUUACUGCACGCAAAAUACAUAAUGAUAAAAUUUGAGCAAAAAUAAUCUUAUGAAAAAAUGCUAUAUGAAUAUAAUAUAAGUCCCUUGCAAGUAUUUAUAUAUAUUAUUGUAAUGAUUACUUGUGAACCCGUAUUUUAAGUUGUGAUAACGAAAUACAUUUAGGUUAUGGUAUUGUAUCUUGCGAAAUAAGUAGUGGCGCUUGUAUGUAAAUACUUUUAUGCAGAUUACAAUUAUAAAUUUGGUAAACAAUUUGAAA